AUUUUACGACUAUUACUCAGUCUCCUGCGAACACGCAUAUGUAUACGUGCACGGCGCGGUAAUUAAUAUCCAUUUCCGUGAGACAGUAUUUUUCCGUAAUUAUUAUCUGCGCGGAUCAGCCAUGCGGAUGAUAACCGUGAGGAUGAGCACACAUGAGAAUUGGUCUUAAUCGCAGAUCUAAAACGUUCCAAUCAAGAUCGUGCGAGUCGGAAACGCUGUUAGUGGCCUUGAUAAAACAUCUGAUUUGGGACAGCAGUGUACUUAAUUUGACUCAUUUAACGAGCAAUCAAAUAUUCUCAUGUAUCCCGGAUUAAGUUCGAACCUGCUUUUAUGGAGCUAAUAAUAUUAACGUGCGACAUAGUUAUGAAGCUGUUUUACUCAUAAUCGGUCACGCUUGUUAUGUGCUCGUCGAGAUAUACUAUUGUCAGCCCGGGUUCGAUAAUUGUAACCUUGAAUAUAUUUACGAUUGCGAAUUAGCAUCGAAAGUGAGAAGAGGGCCAAAAGAGUUGGGAGUUUUCGGCUGCAAUUCCGCUGAGUUCGCGGAUUUGUUGGACCGCGCGAGAGAGGCACGAGGUGUUAGUUAGGAAGCUGGAGCUAACCUAAAAUGCGAACAUCCGUGAACGUUGAUGCGCUUAUACUACUGGGAAUUCAUCUAUUUUAUUGGUCCUUCGAAACGGUAGCGGCUAGUGGCGGAGCUCUCGAUUCUACCCCAACCUUCCAAACCGGUGCUUCGAGCACUUCACAUUCCAAGAUAACAGCAUUCACCGCCACUCUCACCAAUGGACUGGCCCAGGCAGUGGCUCAUGAAUCCACUAUGGAUACCUGUAAUGAUGAUCUAGCUUGUAUCACGAUGGCUUCUCAUGAUCGACUAGGCUUAGAAGCUAUUAAAUCUCUCCACAGUCAACUGGAUGAUGAUGCUAAUGGAAAUGUUGAUCUAUCUGAAUCUGAUGAUUUUCUAAGGGAAGAGUUGCAAUAUGAGGCUGGUUACGAACGGAGACAAAGGGCUUUCCAUCACAAUGAUGAUAUGCACAUCAGUGUACGAGAACUUUGGGAGGCUUGGUUACGAUCAGAAGUUCACAAUUGGACUAUAGAACAAACAUCAGAAUGGUUAACUUCCAAUGUUGAGCUUCCACAAUAUGUUCCUACUUUCAUACAGCACCGUGUAACAGGUGCCACGCUUCCUCGAUUGGCUGUGAACAAUAUGCAAUACCUUAGCAAUGUUUUGGGUAUCAAAGAUCCAAUUCAUAAACAAAAAAUUGCCUUAAAAGCGAUGGAUGUUGUUCUUUUCGGACCUCCUAAAGAUGCUGGACAUAGUAUUAAGGACUUGGUCUUGGUCACGUUGUUAUUCGGAGCACUUAUUGGAUGCUGGUAUGCGUAUCAACAAAAGAAAAACUCACAGAAGCAUCUUCAUAGGAUGAUGAAAGAUAUGGAAAGUUUGCAUAAAGCAGAACUUGCAUUGGAAAAUUUACAGAAAGAACUGGAGAGAGCAAGAAUGGAACAAGAGAGUGCAGCUACUGAAAAAGAGAAUCUAGAAAAACGUUUACAAGAUGAAAGCUUAGGAUUACACACUUCUUAUUCGGACCUCGAAGUAUCACAAUUAAAAGCAGAAAUUGAAAUGUUGAAGUUAGAAUUGCAACGAGCGGAAGGUGAACUUGAAGAUAGGUGCUGGUCACCACCGGCUGGUUUACAACAUUGGUUACAGUUAACUCAUGAAAUUGAAAACAAAGCAUAUACAAAAAAGAAAAUAGCAGCUGAGAAGCAACUUCAACAAGCACGAGAAGCGUGCGAAAAAUUGCGGAAGAAACGUUCCAGCUUGGUGGGUGCUUUUGUAUCCACUCAUGGGAAAUCCAUCGAUGAAGUUGACAAGAGCAUAGUUGAAGCACGAACUGCGCUGAAUGAAGUGACAGCUGAGUUGCAGGAGAGAGUACAUCGUUGGAAGCAGAUUGAACUUCUCUGCGGUUUUAAUAUAAUCAACAAUAAUGGAUUAAACUAUUUAGAAACUGUUUUGUACAGAGGGACACCCAAUGGUAGAGGUCUUGGAUUGAGAGGACGACUCAGCAGCCAAGAUGAUUUAGAUGAUGAGGCGAGUUCUGUGUACACACCAUCUUCGAUCGGUGCUGCAGGUAUUUUGGACAACCUGGUGUGGAAGGAGUCAUCGGCACCGCCGGAUUCGUCGAGCAGCGAGGCGGAUAAGGAGAUGCAGCCUGAAGGUGUCCACUUCGUGCUGGGUGAUGGCUCGGACGAAUCGCCGACCCCUGGAGUUUCUGGGAAGAUCAUAACGUGCAAAGAGAAUGCCGGUGGCAUUGUACGUUCUUACAGCCAGGACACAAACAUGCUGCUCAACGAGGACAGAACUACCUCAUCGUUCUUGCCGAAGACGUCAUACUCGGAGAAUUCGCUCGACAUUUCAGAUAGGUCCGGCGGCUAUCGUCUCGCGAUAGCGUCGACUGCUACGACGACGAGCGUGAAGAAACCACUUCGAGAAUUACCUACGGUAAUGUCAGUCGACGACGAGACGCUCUCGACCGAUUCCAAUUCUACCGCCGACAACGACGAGCUUAAACGAAGGCGCAGAAAGUUACACUUUCCAGCCUUUAGGAAGAAUAAAACUAAAGUUACGUGAUGAAUCGCUAGUCACAUAAUGUCGUUUGUUACUUAAUUGAUAUCCGUUAUAAUUAGUUGUAAUCGCAACGUGCACUUAAGAAUUAUUAUUCUGUCGAUAAUUAUUACAAUCUAUCACACGUGACCGCCGGACGAAAGUUAUUAUUUCGUAGGGAAGAGUACAAGACCGAGAGGCGCAUUUUGUGUGCUGUUACGCAUUUACUUGAUAAAUUGCCCAAUCUCCAUUGUCGUGGUUAAUUCGGCAGCGAUCCAAAGCUAAGGAGUAACGAAAAUAGUGUAUAUAUUUUAGAUCAACUUCACCUAUUUUAGAUCACCUUCUUGCCUUAGAUCACCUGAUACAAAUUCAAUUGAAAGUAUUUGUACAUACGUGUGUAGUUUAUCGUGAAGCUCCGAAAGAAAAGCGUGUUUUCGCGCUGAAGCAGCUAUGCCGUCAAAUUCGAGCUACUACUGAAUUCAUCGCAAGCAAUAUAUCUGCGAAAGUAUGCUGAAAGCAUCCAACUAGAUUAUUUUUUUUUCUGCAACAAUGGAGAAUAUACGGGAAUAUUUACUUUAUAUAAGUGCGUAAUAAUAAAAGCGUAUUUCAAUUAUUUCUUUGCUUUAACGAAAUAAUAAUUUUCGUCUUAAAUGUAUAGGCGUUUUUGUGUGAUAAAUUGUAAUUAUUAGCAAAUUAUUAGCAUGGUACAUAAUACACACAAACACACACACUUUCCUUCUCUCUCUCUCUCUCUCUCUCUCUCUCUCUCUCUCUCUCUCUCUCUCUCUCUCUCUCUCUCUCUCUCUCUUUCGCGCGUAUAAACGCACGGAAACGUAACGAUUGAUUUAGGACGUUUCAUGCUCAGAUGUUCCUUCCACACUUUGCCAAAUUUGCGUUCGCGCAAAAUAGCAAUUACGAAACAAUUAGUAAAUACAUUACGGAUACAAACGACGUCCGACCUAGAUAAAUCUUUUAGAAUCAAGCAAUAUAUUUGGAAGUUCUAAUUGCGACAAUAUAUAUACAAAUACACACACACACAUAUAUAUUUUCGGUAUGUACUUUGGGAGAGACUAAACAUUCUCCAAGCAGCAAAUUUUUGUCGAAAUAAGAUUUUCUCACGAUGAGGGACGUUAGUAAUGAUGAUAAUUAUUGUUAGCUAGCGUAAUCUUCUUUGUCGCGAUAUAAUUCCGUAGUUUAAGUUGCCGUCCGAGUAACCGGACCGGACACAAAUUCAACGUUGGAAUGGAUCCCAUUUACACGUCUCACACCUGGGUUUUUACGCAUCGAUUAACGAAUGACGAUGUCGCGACGCUGUGUCGUGACAUCGCGCUGCCUCUUCAUAAAACGGUCCAACUCUUAUUGUUAACUUAUCGUUAACCGUCCGUGUUAUAUUGGCAAUACGUGCAAUUAACUUCGGCAGAACGAGAAGAAAACGUUACGAAUUUUAUAUAUUUGUAUAACAUGUACUAAUAAGUAGAUUGUAAAAUACCGUGCAAGAUCUUAUCGCGAGCACCCGAGAUAGUUGAUCAUCGCGAAGAAGAUUUACUCUGUUCCGCACCCGGAGACAAGACAUAUCUUAAUGAGGAAGCGUUGGGUUUCUCGAAAACGAAAUCUCUUCGGUCUUCUAUCAAUCAAAUUGCACCUACAGUAGUAGGAAUCUCCAGACUGUUAGCAAGGAUACAAUGAAACGAGAAAUGUUCGUUCGUUCAUCUCGUAAAUUCUGAAAUUUCUUUCACACAGCAAAUUGCUGCAAUUAGCAUAUUAGGUUCUUAGCCAGUAAUCGUUUCAGGGCUACGAAUUUCGGGAAAACUCUAUUUCGUUUCGCACCUUUCCUUUGCUCUUUUUCGAAUGUCGAUGACGUUGUAUAACAGUAGUACGCUUUAAUAUAUUUUAACGAUCUA